CUGUUCUUUUUUUUUUUUUUUGGAGGAGCUGCAAAAAAGAAAAUGCACGUCUUUACGAAAAACACAUGCCCAUUUCGACGCUUUUUUCUUUUCUUUUUUCCUCCGUCAUCUGGCAGGACAGGAAGCUGAAUCUUUUCGAUGGGGUCUACGGCGCAACCCAAGGGAAACGGGACAGACGUAGUGAGAAAGACGAAAACCUUGAAGGCGGGAAACGAGAUGAAGAAAAGACAGGAGGAAGGAUUCCAACUACUCUUGCCACGAACGGCAUGUUUUCGUGUGUAUUUCUAAGGCUUUUGUUAGCUGUGCCGAGGACACGGAUAGUUGCUCGGUGCGGUACUAUUACACCCCUCCCAUGACAAAUGGAUGGCUCUUUUUUCUGCAGCCGAGAGGCUGCCUAAGUUUUGACUCACAUAAUACUGUUCA